AUGUCCGAUUUGGAGAGCUAUCUUCCUGCUCCUGUCGCCCCACUGGCUUUGAAGAAGAAGAUCCCGAAGUCAAAGGCACCCAGCGCACCCAAGACAUCCACAAACUCGUCGCAACCUCCUGCUACUCCUCUUAAGGCUACGGCAUCGUCAACCAAGCAGCGUACAAAGGCCAAAGGCCAAAGGUCAGCAGAUCCUGGGAAUGUUGCAAGCCGUCCACAUUGGCCCGCCCACGAUUACUUGUCACGCGCAGUCUCUGACAACAUUGUAUUGAGGUUGGGUAACCCCAUCGACGGAAUUGUGCCUCCGCAGAAGGGUGUGGAGUAUCUGCAAAGCCUGAUUACCUGCCUCAAGGUUCCCGCAUCCUGUGACGGAUACGAUGGAGUGCCUGCGCAGCAAGGUUGGGCCACAAAGACCCAUAUGGCCACCGAAUUGAGGGCGAAUCUGAUGCCGGUGAUGGCGACUCUGGUGCUGUGA